UUGUGGUGUGUGGAUGCACAUCAGUGACCAGAGAAACGCCGCAAUAUGAUUUUAAUCCUAAUUUUCUUUCCACAAGUUCUUAGGAAUGCCUGGUAAAUUUCUAAAUCCGAGCAUAUGAUUUAAAAAUUGCAUUUAAUCUUCUUUGCAAAUCUUGAAAAUGGCUUUCACGUACCCGAUGUCUCCAGGGCCUUCUCCCAUCUCAAUGUCAGGUGCCGCAGUAGUCAGCCUGCCGAGUGAAAUAUUUUCGAUUUACCGCAAUAUUGUGGGCAACCUGUACCUGAGUCCCAAAAUCAUGCAGUUAAUAGUUGAUAAAGAAUGCAAAGACAAGCAGAACGUCGAGACCUACAGACAGUACAUGAAGCGUAGACGAGGCAAUCUCUUCACUAAUAAGGAAUGGAAAGAUGCUUGUCGAAUAUCGCGGAGUGUUCUAGAAACUGCACGGAAUCCUGACAGUCUAGACGUCACGGAUCUUUUCUGUCUGCUUGAGAAUCUGUUUAAAUGUGAUGAUGAUGGUGUGAGGGAAUUUAGUGAAAUGCUAAACAAAUUGCGUGUGCUCAAGAACCUGCGAAACGACGUCAUGCACAACUAUGCGGAAACAGUGAAUCCGCAAAAAUUCGGUGAACUCACUACGGCGCUCUUAGAGAUUGUAGCAGAAGCAGGCAAAUUCUAUUCUCUUCCUCAUCGCCAGCUUGUGGAUGAGGAACAAGAAUUAAACAAAGAAAUCGCAAAGGUGCUGUCUCUCGACACGAAAAACGUUUAUUAUUGGUGCUCAAAGUUGACCACAAGAGGAAAAGAUGCCGUGAAACUCCUCUGGGAAGCGCGACUAUCUAGUGAAGUGUUACUCUUUAACAACGACAAGGUGAAGCGUCAAGCCGUGUUUCACGCCCUCGACGUGAUGGUGAGAGAAGGCGCUGGCGGAGACAUAAUCUCCUACUCUAAAAUUUUCGAAUCUCCUGAGAAAUUCGUCGUGGUAACGGGCGUCGCUGGUGCCGGAAAGACAACUCUUCUAAAAAAUAUCCUGCUCCAAUUUUUUGAUUUGCAGCAAGUGAAUGUAGAUCACUUAAGAUCAUUCAACCAACUCAUCUUGUUCGAGUGCAGGGACCGUACCACGAAAACAUUGAGUGGUGUAAUCGAGCAACAUUUCGAAGAUCUAUGCAUCGAUUUAGGCAGAGAAAACGUCCUUAAGGCCAUUCUGCGUCUCGAUGUUUUAUUUAUCAUCGAUGGCUUCGACGAAGUCAACUCAGUUUCAAGGAGAGUCGUGAACGAAAUCAUCAAAAAGUCAUGGCGAAGUAACUGCCGUGUGCUAAUCACGACUCGUCCUCACGGCAUGGAGAAGCUGAAGCCGCUCCUGUCCAGCAACGAUGUCUGUUUCACCGAGUACGAGAUCAUGCCAAUCACUAAGCUGGAGGACCAACUAGCGUUCUUAAGGAGGUAUGAGCUGGCUUUGGUCGAGGGUGCCCAGACAGGACAAAUGACAAGUAGCUUCUCAUCACUCAGCCAAGAUGUUCGAAAUUUGUUCACAGAACCCAUUAACUUGAUCCUAUUCUGCCAUAUUCAUAAAUACUUACCAGAGACAAUUUCCUAUUGGAAAACGCCCGGGGAUGUAGCACAUGAUAUUCUUCGCUUGUACAAGGAACUUGUCCUUGCCAGACUAUCGGAAGCGAACUAUCCAAACAUAGAAGUCUUGGUAGACGACCAGUUUUCUGUCAUCGGUGCUGCCGCAUUGGAGUUUCUUCACGGCAACAUUGUAACUUUCUCAAAAAAUGAGUUACGUUCGACCAAAAGGAAGUGCAAGAAAAAACUUAAAACUUGGGAACGCAGUGAAGAGAUCGAUUCUGAAGUUGUUCUAUCGGUGGUACUGAAGAUGCAAAGGCCACUCUCUGCGAAAUUGCACGUAACUUACACGUUCCACCAUAAGAGCAUUCAAGAAAUUUUCGCUGCCAACUACAUCAGCGAGCGCUUGCAGGACAGCGACGACUCUCUGAACAACAUCAUGGGAGUCUCGGCAAAUGGAGGAACUUGGUUGUCUUGGCGACAGCUGUUGUGCUCAUGCUGCAAGGCAGAUCGAAAAUAUGCAAGCUUCCGCGAGGUGCUGCAGUACGUGGUGCACGAACUGCACAGCAGCAGCCCCCUGGUCUUCCAGAGACGCUGGCCGGAGCUGCGGCGCGCGCUGGGCGACGCUGGCGUCUUGAGCGGCCGCGCGUGGCAGGACUGCCUGUACAGAUGCCCUGACGUGGUGCAGGUGGCGGAGCUCGCCGCCCUCACCACGCUUAAUGAGAAUACCACAUGGAAAGUCAAAUCUGGUCGAGAUGUCGCGUGUCUUGCGGCAAUGUUGCUUCACGCGCAGCCCUUGCUCCUGCACGUGAAGAUGUUUCCCUUGGACCUGACGGAGACGCGCUGGGGGGAGGUGGUGGACCGUCGUAUAGGGACCCUCUGGCUCGAGCUGUUGAGCCCUCCUGACGACAAAUUCAACCGUCACGACGACCUACUCCUGCCGCUGCUCAACAGCAAACUGAGACUGGUUCGCUUCGACGGGUGCGUUGGUACUCCUGCUGGUGUGGCCGCUCUUGUCACGGUGGCUCAUGCCUGUGAGCUCUCCGUCAGAAUGUCGGCGCCCCUGGACCUCAGCGCCCUCAGUGGCAAAUACGAGAGACUUGAUGUGACGAUGCGCCCUCUGCCCACUUCCUCCCAUAAAUCCCAUGUCUGGAGGCUGCCUGCCCCGCCUGAUCCUGGGCUGAAUGUGCACGGGGCAGAGCUUGGGUCGUGGGAGGCCGUGGCUCACCUAAUCACCUCCCUCGCACCUCUCAGCAAAAGGUUUGCAUGGCUGGUGCUGUGGGAGUGCAAGCUGCGUACUGAAGAGGUGCAGAGCUUGCUGGUGAGGCUGUUCGAGCAGCACAUCAGAACCGAAGUGAAGGGCGACACGUGCACCCGGAGCGAAGAGAGUGGCUCGAGAAUUUACCUCUGCAUCAGCGACAAGCCCCCACCAGGAGCACGAGCUACGAAGCAGCUAAAGUAUUUAUAGAGGAAGAGAAAUUCAGCCUACACUAAAUUUUCCAAACCAUUUGAUCGCUACAAAACAUGAUGGCCGCAACACGUUUUGUUUUCAUCGCUAGAUACGAUAACACAAAUCCAACACUACAAGUGGAGAUGGAGUGCGUGAACACUAAAUGGCCACUACACCUUUGCCAAAACACACUUGAAAAACACUUGAUUUUCGUUACGCCCUGUUGUAGCAACUGAUUGCUGUAACCCAUACCGCAACAUUUGGUCGUCGAAUGCGUUGUUGCCGAAACACUUAAGUGAGAUACUUUUUCUUGGUAGUUGAUAACAAACAUUGACUAAACAUAAGAGCAAUUACCUCGUAAACCAGACAUCCACCUCCGUCAUUUCGUCGUCAGCUGCAUGUUGCUGUGAGGGUCAUAGAGGAAGGUGAAGGUAG